CGUGACAAGCUUGUCUGACAUAGCAAUGUUAAACUCGUGUCCGAGUAGGUCUCGCCCGUUUGUGACAGAGGCUGCCAGCCUCUUCUCGCCUCUUCUGCUAAUACAUGCAGCUGUGCUUGCGAGGUGCCUCUGUGUCAGACACGUGCUUGGCAUGUCACUGUCGUGCUCACUCCUCACUCCUCUCUCCUCUUUGUUGUCUGCUUCGCAUAUAUGAGUAUAUAUAGAUGCUGUGCUAUUUUGCCUGUUUUCACCGGCCACAUACAAUAUAUAACUUGGAUUGAUUGGUGCAGUACACGUGACCUUUGAACUUGUGUACGGUCGAAUUUGUGUCAUGGCAUGGGGAAUUCAGUGUCAACUCGAUGCGCAUUGCGCGCUCCGGUACGAGCCAUCAUUCGAUAAGUGAAACAAUCUUUUGAGCUGCCGCGUGGCUUCUGCCAGGUGAAAGCAGUCAAGUCCCGAUAUGUGUCUGCUGCUGGAAUCACUUGUCGUAAUGCCGUGCGUGUGUCUGCUGUUGGAGUUCUAUUUUCACUUUUUGAAGAGAAUUCCAGUUGCCUGCAUGUUCUCUGUCUCCUCUCAGUGCUCCCCUGUUUUUUGGUUGAUCAUAUUGCACGCCGUGGUUUCUUGGUGCGGCGUGGUUGAGGCCUUGCGGAUUACGUGUGACGCAUGUCCUCGACGCCUGACUCUGAAGCACGCGUACGCACAUUCAUAGAGAGAGAGAGGGGAAGAGAGAGAGUUGCGCGGUGACAACAUCGGGUCGGGGAUAGACAGGAGCUGCCCUUCUUGAGUCUGUCCUUGCGUGUUCUGGAAGUUUUUUCUUGUGGACAGCAUCUUGUGGGGCAUUACCAGUUGGUGAGGAUCACGAUAGUUUCUGUGAGUGAGGUUUCUCUCAAUUACCGGCUUUUUGCUGGUUCUUGCGAAGACGCCCACUCUUCAAGCGCGAAUGUUGAACGUUUUCGUCCGUGCCGGCGGGAACGCAAUGAGGUGGAUUGGUUCCGAACUCGCAGCAGCAGCAGCAGCAGGGAAUCGGAUUUGAUCGCCGACUUUCGUGUGUGUGAUUGGCGUGUCUCACCGUCUUACUCGGACGUCUUUCCGCAAGCAUGGCUAGCUUGCUAUUCUUGCUGUUGCCCGUCUGUUCCUUCUAAUCUGCCUUGUCCCUCUCAAAUCGUUCGUGAUAUGCUGGAUGGUCGUAUUUGAGUAGUGUACUUCACUGCAUUAUGAAGUGGAACGCCUCGUCUUUACGGAGGAGAACUUCAGUCGUGACGAGUGCAAUCCGUUAUUUGCCCAGGCUUCAGCGAGUCCGAUGUGGCUUUCGCGCCGGAAGGGCACGACUGUGCAGAGGUCUCGUGAAUUCGUGUUUCCAUUGCGCGCCGCAUCUCUCUUUGUGAAUGGGCGCGGGAAUGGAAGCUUGCUUCUUUUCCUUCGGAAGUGUUGUGUUCGCUUCGGGCCCUUCAAAUCGUCGUCCGUGAGGACCUGACCGGGAGAGUGUAUGGGUGUGAAAUUUAUUAGGUGCUUGUAGGUUGUAUCCGAUGGAGAUGGCUUCGGCAACGCCAUUCGGUGCCCGCCACGUCCUCCUUUGGGAGUUUGAGCCGGCCGUUCUGAGUGCGCACAACGAGAAGCAGUCGGCCGUAUUAUUAGCUCAGACAAACGUCGUUUUCGAAGAAGAUUCUAUUGCCCCGCCUUCCUUGCGGUCGGUCUCUCUUGAAGCAGUCCCCCUGUGGUCAAACAGUGUCCUGAGGAAGUGGUGGUGGUCUUGAUUCUGCUCGAGGACAUGGGGGAUGACCUGGUUUGAUGUUUGACAGGGUGAUCCCUUGGUCGGGUUCUGGUGUCGUGUGCGGUUGUCUAAUAAAAAAAGAGGCUGUGGCUGUAGCUCUGGUGAGGUGCUCCAGGUAGGAAUGUCGGUUCUUGGUCUUUGGUGGCAGAGUCGGAGAUUCCAGCGGAAGAAGGGUAGUUGCUGCGGACUGUUGGCGCGGCGGAUGUUUGAGGAAUAAUGGCGUCUUGUCGGUCAAUAAGCCGAUGGCAUUGCGGGCUUAGGUUGAUGAAGUUGUGCGGAGGCCAGUCUAACUCGUCAUCCAGAAUUCGGGGGUCUACUCGAGAGAGGUUUACAGUCAGUCCGUUGUGAUUAACUUUUGAGGGAGGGACAGCGCGGACGGGAGAAAGGGCCAGUUCUGAACCGUCUGAACUGCUCGGUGCGUGCGUGCCAGGGCUUGCGAAGUCGUAUUGACAAUGUGGAUUGUCUUUUUCUUUUUCUUUUGUUCUCCCAACAGUGUCGCUGUGCCCCAUUCGUUGACUCGGAUUACCUGUGGUGGCGAGCGUCUCCUCAAAAACCUGUCGAUGCAUGAUCGUGUUGGAGCUAACGACGCUGUGGGGAAAUGAUGCUGAUGUUGUCGGAAACGCGGUAUGCUGUUGAGAGCGGGGACGAAUACAUCAAGCUGCUUUAAGUAAGUCUGGCGGGAAACUCUUGUUGUUUCCUUUUCAAGGAGUAGGGGAUGCCAGGGCUGCUGUUAUUUAGUGCUGCACUUGGUUGCCAUCGGUUGAUUCCUCGUCAAUUGCUAUUGCUAGCUGCUAGCGUCCUGUUAGAACGAGAGAUUGCCAAUUUCCGGUGCUACCGCUAUGCUAGUUGCUGGAGAAGUCGUAGUCACUCCUGUUUGCCCAGCAGAUUGGACAAAUCGAUUUCGAACGCAGUAUUUCCACUCCUGGAGGGUAGAAUGCAUUGUUUGUUUUCGCUCCUGGAGGGUAGAAUGCGUCUUCUCCACUCGUGGAGGGUAUGUUGGGCUUGAAGGACAGACUUAUGGGGAAGCGGUGCAAGUCGUGGAGGUCGUGAUGACUGAGAGAAGUUGUCGUAGGCCCUUACAGAUGAUGGGAGGGACGAACAGACUUAUUCGUCGUCUAGGUAGUGCCAACAGUAGUUAGCUGCUGACGGAAGGCUGCAGAGCGCGUGGAAGGAGAGACACAAGAUAUUGAGCUCAGUUGGGUCAGCGAUGGAGAUUGGCAGACGUCAGAAAAGAGGAUAGAAGAGCGUGUUACUUUUUGCCCAUCUAUGUGCGUGAACUCCUCAUGCGGUAUGUUAGUGCUAGUGGAUGUAAUUGAGGGGCUAUGCAUUUCGCACGAGAGGCGAACUUGUGAAAUUCGAUAUGAUCAUGGAGGAGCUGCUUGAGCUCGUUAUUCUCUGUUCGUGUGGUAAGAUUGAGGGUGGGGAGGUGGUGUCGGAAGGUGCUUCUGAUUGGAGUCCUUGGGCGGCCAGGGCCGCUAUGUGGCUGUUGAGCAGGGCAGCUAGGCCGUCCGUAUCGGGGUGGGGGUGGUUCAAGGGCGUUGUUGAUGCCUGUCUCUGAUAGCCGUUGGGAAGUAUGUGCAUGCUGGAGAAGUUGAAGGGGAAAAAUAAGGGGUCGUAAAUCAACACUAAUUCGAAUUUUGGUGUAAGCUAUACCGGUGAGGGCCCGGUCCGUGGGAUGACAGUCGAACGUGGGUGACCUGCCUGCUUGUGCCAUCGUUUGUCACUCUUCGUGGGAUUGCACGUCUGCAUUGCGCUCUCCGGGUAUUGGAAAGGAAGGCGGUCGACGAAUUGGACAACUGGUUGUACUCUCCGGGUAUUGGAGAGGAAAGCUCUGUGAAAUGAACGAUCAGUCGUCUCGGGGGCUUGGGCAUUUGAUACGUGGAUGGACCUGCUUGGCGGGGGCAGGUCAGGCCUGCGUAGGGCUCCAGUUUGUGAAGUCUUCCUGCGAGCCUGGGACACUACGUUCGGCAAGAUUGACGAGGUAGGUUGGUUGUGUUGCUGGGUGCUUUUUAACGAACCGAGGUUACUCGUCCUUGGGACUGAAUGUGUGAACUCUCCAUCUCUCGUUUUGAAUUCUCCCUUGGGCUUGUGUCCCUUGCAUUUGGAAUUGAACGUGUGUGAUGUAAUGGAAUCUUAACGAGUGUUUUUUCCUCACUCUACCCUUGAACGGCCCGUGAACUCGCGUCAGCAAAUUUGGCGGUCUCGACCACUCUGGAAUCGAAUUCUCAGGGGAGCUACGCUGGGCAAUUUCCCCCGUAGAAGUGCGGCGUUAAAUUCUGCGCACUUUUCCAGUGGCAAUCGGACACUCUCGUCGGUACGAAUCUUCCCUUCGUGGUGUGCUUUGGAGUGUAGUGUACUUGCGUCCAGGCUGUCUGAGCGAUGCUUUCCGUUCUUGGCCCAAGUGGACUGGCGCAGUGUGUUGCGGACUGGGUGAGAGUAUGACAUGUCGCUUCAGAAACCCGCUGCAUUCGCCUAGGAGGUUUGGCGGGGAAUCUUCAUUCUGGAUGACGGCACAGUGUUCCCAGUGAUAACACAAAACUGGAUACGGUGGCUUCCCGUGGUGAACUCGGGGAAAUCAGUGCUGCGAGUGGAAAUGCACUAACCUGUCUGCGACAGCUGGAGUUGGGGUAGGGAUGAGCACCGGUGCCGCGAGUGGGAAGGCACCCAGCUGUCCGCCGCAGCUGGAGUUGAAGAAGAGGGAUGGUCAUCCGUGAGAGAGGCUGAUAUUAAAAUUCUUUUGAAGAUUGGCGGGAGGGCGUGCCAUGGAGUGCAGUUCGUACCCCCUUUUUAUUAUGUCCACUUUCUUUUUCUGGGCUUCCCUGGCAAAUCGUAUACCGGGCAUUGGUGGAGAUCGUUGGGGCACCGGGAUCUGAAAAGGAAGCGCGUGCGAACAGAAGGCGCGUGUGACAAGAGGGUUGGACUAGGAUUCUUCCAGGACUGGCUUUGCGUUGAGACAUGGCAUCAAGACUGUUCUUGAGGCGUAGUUGGGAAUGUCUCUCUCUCUCUCUCCCCCCUCUCUGUGAAGACGAAUUAUGGGAAGAGAUGAGCCCCGGCUGGAGACGGAUAAUGAAUGCCGUAUAGCGUG